AUGGCUCGGAGCAUGGGCGUGGCCAUCAUUGGCAGCGGCAUAUUAGUGGUCGAUGAACACCUUCCAGCUGUCCAGGCAUGUGAUGAGCUCAGCCUCAAAGCCAUCUACUCUCGGACUUUGAAGUCGGCCCAGGAAGCCUCCAAGGACCUCUCCGGCGUGGACCUUUAUUCCGAAGACUCCGAAAUGUCGUACAGGGAACUAACUCCUCGAACGGGAAGAUGUCGAGGGGGUCAUCAUUGCCCUCGCGAUACCAGCAGCCCCGACCUUCAUCCGCAAGCUCUGGCAGCAGGGAACCACGUCCUCGCGGAGAAGCCUCUUGCCAAAGAUCUCGCAACGGCGCUUGAGCUCUUGGACUGGUGCAAAAAUAACACAGAUCCUAGCAAAGUCUUGUUCGCCGUUGCAGAGAACUUCCGUUUCACUGGCGUUUUCGCCAAGGCAGCAGAGCAAGUGCAGGCUCUCGGCAAGAUCCAGGUCCUCAAUGCAAAGGUACAUUUUCACAUCGCAGACGGGUGGAAGUACACCAACACUGCAUGGCGCCAGAAGCCGGAGUAUCAAGGAGGAUAUCUGCUGGACUUUGGCGUGCACAUGAUGGCCGUCAUUCGUCGACCAGUGGGCAAAGAAGCAAGGGUCAAGCAGAUAUCAGCUUUCACAAGUGCGAUUGCGGCACCCCCUUCCCUCGGCCGAUACCAUGACUGCUAUCCUGCAGCUUGA